AUGAUCUCGGCCUCACAAAGGUGCAAGUCGUCAUACGCAGGUGCCGGAAUUGCAUCGCUUGACAUGAGAAGCAAAGUUCGGCUGACACCCCCGUGGGACUGUAUUGACUGCCCACUAAAUAGAGAGUCAUCAAUAUCCGAGACCUUCAGUUUUCUUUCUACACCUCGAAUCACUAAAGUUCAACUGUCUCUCCGUCCUUGUGAAGAAGACGUGUCUUUGACUAAAAAGUCCACCGGGCCGCCGGUGAGGAGUGCACCCAAGCGCGCUACCCAGCUAGGCCCAAAAGACCACUAG